GGUCGUCGCCCGCGGGCCGCCGGAGCGCAUCACUUUUUUUUUCUUUUCGUACACUCUUUUACCAUUUUUUUUUUUAUCGUAAUCCACACACACACACACACACACCCGCCGUCUACGUGGCCCGCCGCCGUUGCCGCUGCGUUCGUCCCCGGCCGCGCCGCAGCCCGCAAUAUUAUCCGUGAAACUCUCGUAACCUGCCGCCGUAGCACACGGUCGUCCGUUUUUCGCGUACGCCGCCGACGUCCGUGGUUCCGUGGCUGGCGCAGCACAAAAUAAUAUUAUUGCGAAGACAUUCGCGCGGGGCUUUCGAUUUUCGUCGUCAUCGCGUCGACGAAUUCAAAUUAUUAUUCGUGAUAUUAAUAAUAAUUAAUUAUUCCGUUCGACGUACAGUUUGACGAAUACCGACCGUACCCGUCGUCGAGUGUGCGCGCGACGACCAUAAGUCACGACGACGACGACGGCGUUUCACUCGGACGACAGCAGCCGCACACCUAUGGCGCACGACGACGAAGACGAUCCGUCCGUCGCGGCUGCGGCUUCGGCUUCGGCCUUUGCGAUCAGCUGCAGGUUAUGCUGCAUGCCUUCGCUGCCCGAAAAUCAACGGCAUCCAAUUGUCGCGGUCUCGGACGGCUGUGGCGGGACACGCCCCGGCGACAACGACUUGCGCGACACCAUUGUCAAGCACCUGCGGAUACAGGUAUCAGAGGAUGAUGGUUUGUCCAAAUUUGUAUGCACUGGAUGCUCGACAUUGUUAAAUGAAUGGGAUCACUUUUCUGAGAUGUGCUCAAGAAAUAACAACAUACCCUUGAAACGACUUCCAGAUGGAAAUGAUAAAAAUGAUGAUGGCGAUGAAUCGGCGAACAAUUUAGUAAUAGACAUAACUGAUGAAGAUGAUGAACAAAGUUAUACAAGUAAAGAUAAAAAUAAGUCGGGAGCACCUAAAAAAUCAUUCCUUGGGGAACCAUCACCUGAAGAUUAUGUAUUAAUGAAAGAAGAAACAUUCAAUUUAGAACCAGUAAAGAAUGGACCAACAGGUGUUUUAGGUGACUAUUUAAUAGAGUAUAAUAAUUCCAAAAAGUUACCAACAGAAUUGAGUAAUGCUGAUAAAGACAUUGUUGAUAAUUUACGCAUCCGAAGAGAAAUUUUACCAUCCAUGUGGGAUGUAUUUGAAAAGACAAUUGAAAAGCUGAAAUCUGGAGAGUCAAGUUCAACAGUAGUAACUCAUAGACGGUAUAUUAUCAAUAAAGGUGCAUUUCCAUGUUCGUUGUGUGGCGAAUGUUAUGAGUUUGAUCAAGGUGUUUGCCGCGAUGAAGAAGAACCUCAGCCACCGGUUGAAGUUGAUAUUCAACAACGUUUAUUCAUUUGUCCUACAUGUGGGAAAUCUUUCCCUCGUCGUAGUUCAUGGAAACGUCAUCAAAUGACUCACGAAGAUGUGAAACCCUAUGUAUGCCGUGUUUGCACUAGUGGUUUCAAUCGCAAGGAACAUUUGAUGCGCCACAUGUUGUCGCAUAGUACUGUUAGACCAUUUCCGUGUGAACGGUGUGGUAAACGUUUUAUACGCAAAGAGCAUUUAGCUAGACAUCUUUUGUGCAUACCAAGUUGUUCUAAUUCGUCUGACAUGCCGAGACCUUUCUGUUGUGAUAUUUGCAAACAGAGAUUUGUGCGUAAAGAACAUUUGUUCAGACAUAGAAAACGGGCCCAUGAACAUGCAUUAAUAUUAGAUAAUCAAUUAGAAGAGAAACCGUUCGUGUGUUGGCAAUGUGGAAAAUGUUUUACUCGCUAUGAACAUCUACGAAAACAUUUGGAUAUUCAUAAUGGUAUUAUACCUUCAUCUUCAUCAGAAAUACUUCCUGAAGUAACUCUUUCAGAAAUAAGACCCGAAAAAUCUUUGGUAGAUAUUAAAACAGAAAAUUUAUCGGAGUCUGAAGGAGAACCCGAAGUUCUUCCCCCAGUGAGUGUGCUUGAACUCAACGAACAACAACCUGAACAAGCUAGACCAAAACCAAGUACUCUUUGUACCAUUUGUAAAAAGACCUUCUCUCGUCGUAGUCAUUUGUUGCGCCAUCUGAAGCGCAUACAUAAAGUAGAACCAGUGUUGACUAGAAGACGAGUAAACAAAUCUGGUGACGAAAAUGGAAAUUCUAUAGAAGAUACCAAAUGGGAAUGUCAUACGUGUGGAAAGACAUUUUCCAGACAAGCUCAUCUUGAAAGGCAUGAAAAAAAUUUGCAUAGCGAAGAGCGUAUGGUGCCUGCCCCAUAUGAAUGUGUGUCUUGCGGCCAGGCCUUCUUCGAUAGCAAUUUACUUAACCAGCAUAUGGCAACCCAUGGAAAUACAGUGACUGAUAAUUUUGUUUGGAUGUGAUGUGGUUUAAUAUUGGGUUUUUUUUUUUUAUUAUUUGAUUCUGGGUGUGUUAAUAGCUUACACGAAUUUGGCUUGGCAGCAUUUUAAAUUAUGUUGCAUCAUAGAAUGUUUUAUAAAUAUAUAGAACUUAACAGAUCAAUAUUGCCUGUCAGUAGUGUCAGUCGAUUGGUAUUUUAAAGAAAACUAAUAAAAAAAGAGUCAGUUGAACUAUCAAUAUUGAUCCCUUAAUAGUUUCAAAUUAUGGAUAUGCUAUACUGCAUUUAGUUUUAUUUAUUGGCUAGCUAUCUUGACUUGCUAAUAUUUUUUUAUUAUUAAUACUAUUUUAUGUAUACUGGGUGACCCCCCAUGAUUUGCUGUUUUCCUGUUAGUUGAAUGUGAAAAAGUAGGAAAUACAGUGGGCGGGGCCACCGUACAUAUUAUGUACAAUUUUAACAUCUUUUUGUUUAUUUUCAUGUAUUGUUAUCUACAGUGUAGCCUAUUCGGACCAAAAGUCAAACAAAGGCUGUAAAAUAAUAAUUUAAGUAAAAAAAAAAAUGUAAUAAAACUUAAUUACUGUGUGUUAACAAUCAUUGACGUUAUUUACCAAAAUUGAGAAAUUUUUUGUUUACCAAUACAGACUUUUCCAAAAAUAUUAAUGAUUACUACAUCAAUUUAUCUUAUUGUUAUUAUAUAAUAUUAUACAGGGUGGAC